AUGUACGACCUCGAGCAGCCCAACCGCGGCAUUGCCACGCGCGACCGCGGCCUCCAUGCUGCCCGUCGCCGGCUAUGGAGCAGAGGCUUUGGCGACAAGGCACUCCGCGCAUACGAAACCCGCGUCGCCGUCUAUGUCGACCAGCUGCUGGCCCGUCUGGCCCGCGCCCAUGGCGAGCCCGUCGACGCGGCCCGGCUGGCAGAGGCCUUUGCCUUUGAUGUCAUGGGCGACGUGGGCCUGGGGAGCGACUUUGGCAUGCUGCAGAGUGCCACCAUGCACGCCGCCGUCGAGCAGCUCGUCCAGGGCCUGUCCAUCAUGGGCCGCCGGCUGCCCGUAUGGCUGAUGCGCCUGCUGGUCGACGUGGGCCAGUCGCUCGUGCCCACCGAGGCCACGACGGGCUUCCUGGCCUUUUGCUACCAUCAUCUCGACCGGCUGAUGCUGAUGGCCGACGUCGAGCGCGCCAAGCGGCCAAGCCUCAUAGCGCCCUUGAUCGCUCACUACGAGCAACAGCCGCCGCUCCAUCGCGACCUGUCCGCCCUUCGCAAUGACUGCCGCUUCAUCAUCGUCGCCGGCAGCGACACCGUGGCCGCGACUCUGGCCUUUGCUCUGUUCUACCUCGCCAAGCACCCCCAGCAUGUGCUCCAUGUUCGAAAAGAGCUGCAGCCGCUUCGGCGCGCCAACGCCGCCUACGCUGACCACCAGCUCCGCGACGCUGCCCCCUACCUCAACGCCGUCAUCAGCGAGACGUUGCGCCUGCAUCCGCCUGCCUCGACCAUCUUGCGCAUCACACCGCCCGAAGGCAUUACCGUAGCUGGUAACUUUAUUCCAGGCGACAUGACCGUCUUCUCCUCGCAAUACGCCAUCGGCCGCUCCGAAACCCUCUAUGUAGACGCGGCCAGCUUUCGCCCUGAACGCUGGCACUCAGAUCCCAGCCUUGUGAAAGACGCGUCAGGCUAUGCGCCCUUUUCCAUGGGUCCGCACAGCUGUAUAGGCCGACCUCUCGCCCUUAUGGAGAUGCGCCUUGUGCUCGCCGAAACCCUGUCACGAUACAGCGUAAGCUUUGCACCCGACUUUGACCACGGCUCCUUCCCGGACCGUGUUCAUGACUGCAUGUCGUGGCACAUUGGGAACCUGGACCUGUGCUUUACUCCGCUCGUCGACGGCUCCUGA